AUGUCCUCCAAGGACGGAUUCUCGUGGACUAAGUCCCAAGGUCUAAAGGCUGGUGUUCCAUGUAUUGGUGCCAUCAGCCCUCCCAACAACCUGACCAACAAAGACACCAAGUUUGACGUGAUUGUUGUUGGCGCUGGAUACUGUGGUUUGACUGCAGCUCGCGACGCAAGCAUUGCUGGUCUCAAAGUAUUACUCGUCGAAGCUCGUGAUCGCAUCGGUGGCCGCUCAUGGAGUUCCAACAUCGAGGGCUACCCAUACGAGAUGGGCGGAACCUGGGUAUACUGGGGACAAGCCAACGUAUGGCGUGAGAUCUCAAGAUACGGCAUGCAGGAUGAGCUUGAGCUCACCUACGACUUCUCCAGAGGCAUCAACCAAUAUCUUCUUGUCACGCCUGAAGGCACGCAGAAGUUUACUCAUGACGAAGAGGAUCAACUAAUGCAGAGCGGUCUUGAGAAGCUGGUAAACAUCGACGGCCAAGGGGCCCGAGAGGCGUUUAUGUUUCCUCAUACUGCCAACCUUGGCCCAAUUGCCGCUAAAUACGACCGUAUGUCCAUAGCAGACCGUCUCGCCGAGAUUAAAAAUGACCUUACGCAUAACGAACGCAUCUGCUUGGAGGCAUUCGUGCUGCUCUGCAGCGGCGGCACGCUAGAAACGACAAGCUUUUACGAAUUUCUACACUGGUGGGCCUUAUGCGGAUUCACUUACCAGGGCUGUAUUGAAUACCUCAUCAAAUACAAGUUCAGAGGAGGUCAAUCGAGCUUUGCUAUUCGCUUCUUCAAAGAGGCUUUGGCAACUGGCAAUCUGACAUACUCUUUCAACACACCGGUUGCUUCGGUGAAGAGCGGACCUACCGGUGUCGAAGUCACAACUUGCGGGGGGCAAAAGUUCAGAGCGCUCAAGAUGAUCAGUGCCAUACCACUCAACAUCCUGAACGACGUGACGUUUGAUCCCCCUCUAAUCCCAGGGAAGAAGGCAGCAGCAGAUAUCGGUCAUGUCAAUCAGUGUAUCAAAGUUCAUGCUGAGGUUUCAGAUCGGGAUCUUCGUUCUAUGACGAGUAUAAGCUAUCCUCACAACAAGCUGUCUUACGGGUUUGGCGAUGGUACUACCCCGGCUGGGAACACUCAUAUUGUGGCAUUUGGUGGCCAGCACAACCAUUUUCACCCAGAAGAGGAUAUCCAAAAGACUAUUUCUGCGUUCCAAGGUUUUGCCCCAAUGGAUGUCAAGCGUUUGGUCUUCCAUAACUGGUCUAAGGAUGAAUUCGCAAAAGGGGCAUGGUUUUUCCCACGACCUGGUUUACUAACAGACCAUCUUGGUGAUAUGAGAGCAACUCAGGGCAACAUCAUCUUUGCCUGUUCCGAUUGGGCGCUUGGAUGGCGUAGUUUCAUUGAUGGUGCCAUCGAAGAAGGAACACGAGCUGCCGUGGCUGUACGGUCCAGUCUGUCAGAGAGGGCUAACCUAUAA